AUGAAGUUCUCCGUUGUCCUCCUCGCCGCCGCUGCCACCAGCGUUGUUGGCCAGACCGUCACUUCCACCACCAGCCGCUCCUCCUCCGCCGUCGCCUCCUCCACCAGCAGCGCCAAGUCCUCUGCCUCCUCGGCCGCCUCCUCCGCCUCCUCCGCCUCCAAGAGCUCGGCCAGCUCCGCGAGCUCUGCCAGCUCUGCCAGCAAGACGUCCACCAGCAAGGCCGCUGCCCCGACCAACGCCGCCCGUGCCGGUGCCGGUGUUGCCGCCGUCGCUGUCGGCGUCGCUGCCAUGAUGGUCUAA